CUGUCACACUUGUGAGACACAAGACAUUAUAAUAGGUAGGCUAUAUAGACAGACAGUAAACUAUCAAAUCUUUAAAGCAGGAAACACACCCUCUUAUUUAAAACAAUUUGGCUUAGCUGAACUCAUCCAGUUUUAAUAGUUUAAGUAAAACAACUAGGAGAAAAGGGUGUGACUGUCAGUGCUGACACUGUAGCUACAGUCGCGAGCAGUCAAGCUGCUGAGAGAGGCACACCACCAGGCUAUGUACUAUCUAAAGCCCGUGGUAAAGAAAAAGUCAGAGAGGAUAGUAAAAAGGUAGGCUUUUAGGAGUAUUCGUGUGGUGAACCACGAUAUACAAACCCCAAGAAAGCAUUAUUUAUUCCCUCGCUACUGUCUGCAGCAGAGAAGAUAAUGUGAAGAGCUUCAAAGAAAGCAAGCUGCAAGCCAAUGCUUUUCGAAGAAGAUAUGUGUGGCAAGGGCUUGUGCCAAUGGCCGGUCUAUAAUAAUGGACCUGCCGUCCUCAAAGACCAACUGAAGGAUGACUUAAAGAGGGACAGUAACCGUUGGUACAAGUGCGGAAGGAGACAAGGGUAUCGGGGGAAAAGAGGACGGAUCAGCGGACAUCCUCAGUUCCAAAGAAAAAAACGACCCCGUCCAUCAGGCUUGGUGAUGUCACUGCGUCCUGUCAACAUCAAAGGCAGAAGAGCACCAGGUAUGAGGGCCCCAAGAAACACUAACCAAUUUUUAAUGCACGAAAAAUACCAGAUGAUGCAUAUGCGUUCAGACUCCAUUGGCACUGAUAGUGGGUCGGACUGUGAAAUGGAUUUUACUGACAUGGAUUCAUAUCUUGGGGUGCUGGAGAACGCUAGGGGCGCACUGCUCGACAGUCCAGAUCUCUUUCCACAAGAUCCAAUCCGGUUCUUCCCUCGGCAAAUGGCAAAGCGCCAACAAUUUCCAUUCUUCACUUUUGGAGAGCUUUACCAAGAGGAGAGUAUGCAGUACUUUCCAUCUGAGGACGAUGUAAUACAAAGCGAAGAUUUCAUGCAAAAGGACUUCAUUGACUUUUGUGACACAUUUCGUGGGACCGAACACGUAGCCUAGUGGACCACGAUUGUCAAUUUGACAAUGUUUACAAUGUAGGCUACGUAUACAAAAAAACAUGUAUGGAACAAAGGUACUAUCGUCAAAUUAGACACAUUUGAAGCAUUCAAUAUCGUCCAUAUUUUCUAUUACUGCUAUGGACAUCUAAAGAGCUGUUGGUAAUGUCAUGCUACAUUGGAGGGCUGUGGUAGUAGGAGUGAGACCUAUCCGCCAAUCACAUUGAAGGGGAUUAUCCCUAUUGCUUAAUUCUGUCAUUGCCUUAACUGUACGACGAAAAAUAAAUGACCGAUUCAUUAUAAA